UCUUAAAAACAUAAGCAAUUUUUCUUAGUUCCAUAUACACCAAUGUCUUACGGGAACCGAGAUAAAGGGCUCUGCAACAUCAAAAAUAUCUGAAUACCGUCCUGUAGCCGCGACCCGCGAUAUCUCAGACUGGUACCGGCUACUAGCUGAACCCGACGACAGAACUGGGUCGGGGAUCGGGGUCAGUGUGUCAGGUCAGUAUGCAACCUUCAACCGACGGUAAAGGGUCACGCGUAUAGAGGUAACGAACCCGUAUAAUCGAUUGCGUUUCAAAAAAAAAAUAAUAAUGGCACACUCAUACACCAAUAAUGGCGAAUGUCUUCAAAAUGAUACAGAAUCGUCGCGAGUGUAUGCAGAUCGUUUCCCUAGACGACAUCAUCCCCGCAGAUUUGUGUACCUGGUCCAGAGAGUCAGGGAUACGGGCCAUUUGGAGGAAUGUCGAGGUGGACACAGUGGGAGGCCUAGACAACCACGAAUGGUGCAAGUUUAGGAAGAAGUACUGAAUCGCGUAGACGAGAGUCCCUCAGCAAGCACUAGAGACGUGGCUAGAGACGUGCAAGUAUCAAAAACUAAAGUGUGGCAAACGUCCAACAUGUACAAGCCCUUCAACCUGACGAUUUUCCAGCAAGCGUGCGGUUUUGUGAGUGGUUGUUGCAUCAACAUGACAAUAAUCCGGACUUUUUGAAGUGCAUAUUGGUGACAGUCGAAUCUACGUUCACGCGUAGUGGGGUGAAUAACUUUCGAUUUCAGGCAGAGACGUACUUAGCCCUUCUCGUCAACUGGCGAGUGAGUACUUUUUCCUUUAUUUUUUUUUACUUGGUCGCCCUCGUUUCACUACACAUUACCUUUGUUAUUUCAAGGGUAGUUGUUUCUGAAAAGGAAAACCCCAACUUUGCGGACACCCUGUAUAACCUAUAACUUUUCGGGGUACAAUUUAGUAUACAAGGUGAUUCAUAUGCGACUCUCAUCAUUAGGAUCUCGGAGACUGUAACAGAUACAAAGACGCUUAAUGGGGACGAAAUUGCGUAGUUAGAUAAUCAACAAAAUGCCGCUUAGGUUUCGAAAUUUAAAGUACUACCGGAGAGAGACGGGAAAGACCUAAUUUUUCUAAAACGAUUUUAAUUUUUUCCUGACUUUAUUUGUAGUGGAAUGUCUCCUCUACAAGAAGGCAUACUUAGAAUUUCAAUAUGACGUUUUGUCACUUGUCCUCCAGCAUCAACUUUAUCUUUUCUUGUAGGCGACAUAUUGGAUUUUGGUACAGAUGAAUAGAGUUUUUAAUUCUUAUUCCAAAAAUGUAUAGUACGUCAUACAUUGACAUUGGCAAUCCUGAGUUAUUUAAAAAAAACAGAACUUUCUAGGUAGGCCCUGAUAUUAUCGGAUAGGGGAAAGUGGGGUAAUUGGGAACAGCGGGUAAAUGGGAACAGCUAAGUAUCAGGUACUUCCCCCCGCACUACUGCGUCGAGCACAUGUUGAAUAAACGAGUCAAGCGGCACUUAGGCCCGUAUCGUCAGUCGUCCCUACAAUUGUAGGGCGCGUUUAUGCCCUCCUUGAUUGUCAUAGUUUUCUACUUCUCCGUGUCAGCCCUCUAUUUUGAGGUUAUGUCACAAACAUCUAUUUGCAUCAAAUUGUGCUUGCUUUUGAGUUAUAUCAUGUUUUAUUAGCCUGAAAUUUCCUACAAUUUAAAAAGAAAACAUAUCUUCACAAUGGGACAGCGCUGACGCUGACGCGGGUCAGGUGCAAUCUAGACAUUUUUUAAGGAGAGAAAGGAGUAUGACAAUCAAUGAGGCCAUAAACGCGCCCUACAAUUAUAGGGACGACUGACGAUACGGGCCUUAGUAAGCCCCGAAAGGUGUAAGUGAGAGGUUGCGCGCAUGUUGUCACGGUGAGUCUGACAAAAUAUUUUAUUUAGGUAUUGAUCGACAUCCUUAUUCUGUUACCAUCUUGCAUGUAGCACUUGCUAAUAGACUCCACUUAGUUUCAAGGUUAACAGCUAUUCUAUAGUUAUUUUAGAUGCCUCGAAAUUACGUAAGAAAAACCACGCCCAAGUAUGACAUUGAGGAUCUUCGUCGUGGAGCUGAAGAUGUUAGAAGCAAAAGGAGCAUUCUGGGAGAAACUGCUACCAAAUUUUCGGUACCUAAAACUACAUUAUUUAAACAAGUAAAAUCAGAAACAUUUAAGUUGCCAAAAAAAGGUCGGCACUCUGUAUUUAAUCAAGAUCAAUAAGACCAGUUAGAAAGAUAGAUAAUCGGUUGCUGCAAGACUUUUUAUGGCAUAACCCCAAAAUCACUACGAAGUAUUGCUUAUAGAUUUGCUGAAGCUAACAAAUUAAAUCACGGAUUCAACAAAGAAUUCCAAUUAGCAGGCAAAGACUGGUAUUAUUCCUUCUUGUCUAGACAUCCUACCGUCACCCUACGAACUCCAGAAGCUACUUUGCUUAACAGAAUAACCGCUUUUAAUGCCACUGAAGUGAAACUAUUUUUUGACCAACUAGAAGCCCUGCAAACAGAACACAAUUUUUCUAUUC